GUUACGUCUCGUGGCGUAAUGAGAACACGGGCUCCUGGUUUGGGACAGCGCUCUGUCAGUCACUCGCGAAACAAUCGCAUUCCUAUGAAUUGCACGCAAUUCUCACAACUACUUCACAUUUGGUUAACAAUAAGUCGACGUCUGAUGGAGAGAAGCAAGUGAUGGAGCAUUCGUACAGAGGAUGGAAGAAAUUGUUUUAUUUCAAUCCAGGAAUCGCUGAGAAUCGGGAAUCCACUUCAUCUCCCAUUUGUUAAUCAAAAGUCAUUAUAAAACUAACGCUCAAAACGAUAGCAUGUAUUAAGUCUUAACAUUAAUUAGAGAGCUUUUAAUCAUAUAUUUUCACCAGAAGUGCCAUUAGAUAUGUUAUUACCGUAAAUAACUUCCAAAUCAUAAUCUUCUUCAACGAAAAGCGCAACAAUUCGUGAUUUUUUAUAUAUAAAUUCAUUCCAUUAUAACAAAUAUAAUAAGCAAUUCUACAAUUAAUUUAUAAUUAAAUGCCA